AUGGCUAAUAAAGUGUUUAAUGUGGCAGUUUUCUUUGUUGUCUUUAGGGAGUGCCUAGAGGCAGUGAUUAUUGUGUCCGUGUUAUUAUCCUUCUUAGAUCAAGCCAUUGGGAAUAAACACCCAAUAUUACACAAAAAAUUGAAAAAACAAGUCUGGAUAGGUGUUGCUGUUGGGUUUGUGAUCUGUUUAGCAAUUGGUGCAGGUUUCAUUGGUGCUUAUUAUUCAUUACAAGAUGAUAUUUUCGGUAAUGCAGAAGAUUUAUGGGAAGGGAUCUUUUGUAUGAUUGCUACCGUAAUGAUUUCUAUGAUGGGUAUUCCCAUGUUAAGAAUUAAUAAAAUGCAGGGAAAAUGGAGAAUUAAAAUUGCGACUUCCUUGGUUGAAAAACCCAAGAAUAAGAGAGAUUUUUUCAGAUUAGGGUAUUUGAGUAGACGUUAUGCAAUGUUUAUUUUACCAUUUAUUACUGUGUUGAGAGAAGGUUUAGAAGCUGUGAUUUUUGUUGCAGGAGCGGGUAUUACCACACAAGGUUCCCAUGCCUCCGCCUAUCCACUACCUGUCUUUGUUGGACUUUUAGCUGGUGGGCUUGUUGGAUUUCUUCUUUACUAUGGUGCUUCCAGGUCGUCUAUGCAGAUCUUUUUGGUGAUUUCCACUUCAAUUCUAUAUUUAAUCUCUGCUGGUUUAUUUUCCAGAGGUGCCUGGUAUUUUGAAAAUUACAGAUUCAAUAGAGCAACCGGUGGUGAUGCCUCUGAGAGUGGUGAUGGUAAUGGGUCAUAUAAUAUCAAAAAAGCCGUCUAUCAUAUUAAUUGUUGUAAUCCCGAAUUAGAUAAUGGUUGGGAUAUCUUUAAUGCUUUGUUAGGAUGGCAAAAUACAGGUUACUUAUCUUCUAUAUUAGCCUAUGCCAUUUAUUGGAUUGUAUUGAUGUGCGUCAUUUGGUUAAUGAUUUUUGAAGAAAAAUUUGGUCAUUUACCCCUUUGCAAGAAUUUACAAAUGAAGCAUUUAAAUCCUGGUUAUUGGAUUAAGAAUAAGAAAAAGAAUGAAUUGACUGAAGAGGAAAAGGAUCUACUUUUUAGGAAGAUGGAUAAAUUGGAAUUCACUGAGAAUGGGGGUGUCAGAGAUGAAGGUAUCGCCAACGCAGAAACGGAUGAUCCAGAUCAUCUAGAAGAACAUGAAUCUAGUGGUAGUAAGGAAGUGGAAACCAAGAAGGGUAUGAGCAUUAUUAACGUUACUACCACAGUCCCCAGUGACACAAUUUAA